AGUGCUUGGUCGUCAUGAAGGUUUUGAUUUGCUUGAUGCUUGUUGCUGCGGUCUUUGCAGAGGAAGACAAAAAUGUUAAAAAACGGGGUCUUUUUGGUUUGGACCUCGGCUACGGAGAAUACGGGCACGGUUUCGAUCACGGAUACUUAGGACAUGAUUUGGGACACCACGAUCAUCACACUGUUCAUGUUAAAACUGUUGCUGUUCCAUACCCAGUGCCUAAACCUUAUCCAGUUCAUGUUGACCGUCCCUACCCCGUCAAGGUCCCAGUUGCUGUACCUAAACCAGUACCAGUCGCUGUACCAGUACCCCAGCCAUACCCAGUAAUAAAAACCAAAACUGUUACUGUUCCCGUCGACCGACCUUACCCAGUACAUGUUAAGGUUCCAGUACCUGCACCCUACCCCGUAAAAGUACCUGAACCCCAUCCAGUACCAGUUGCUGUUCCUCACCCAGUUUACAUCAAAGAAAAGGUUCCCGUUUAUAUCAAGAGCUACGAUCAUGGACAUGAUUACGGACAUGGUGGUUAUGGACACGGUUUCGGUCAUGGAUAUGGACACUUUUACUAA